AUGAACAAAUUUCAAAAAUUAACAAAUGCAUUCAAAAACUAUUAUGGUGAAGAUGCAAUAAAACGAUUGUUACUAAACUCUAACAACAGCAACAAACCGAUUAUAUUGAUUGGUGGACAUCAGUUGACAGGUAAAAGUACAAUGGCAAAGAAAAUAUCUCAACACUUUCAAGAUGGUUGUUUCUAUUCGGUUGGGUCAAUGUUUAGAGAUUUGGCAACUUCAUUAAAUAUAUCGGUAGCUGAACAAAGUAGAUUGCUCAGAGAAAUUGAAGAAUACCAUAAACAACCAAACAACAAUAACUCUAUUCUGAGUGGUCAGCGGAUAAAGAACAAUCCACUAUUUAAUAUAAAGGUUGAUUUGGAAUUGGAUUAUAGGACAUGCCAAAUAAUUCAAGGUGUAGAAUCAACAACACCUACUACUACUCCUCAUUCAAAAUAUAGCGUCAUUGAAGGAAGACAACCUGCCUUGCUAGGAUGUUUUAUUCAAUCAUUAACCAACAACAACAACAACAACAAUGAUGCUAAUCAUAACAAUCAAAUGAUAAAGGUCUAUGUAAAAUGUAGUGCAAGAGAAAAAGCUUUAAGAUAUUUGGAGAGAGAGGUAGGAAAAGGAGCAUCUAUUUUGGCAGACUCUGUAUUGCCCAAGGAAAAGGAUCUAGAAAGAGAUGAUCAUUUUUCUUCCACCAAUCUUUCAACUAUAGCAAAUACUAUAUCAAAAUUACCUCUUGAAAAUAUAGACAAAAUAAUAUCUGGUUUUAUUGAAAACCAAGAUAGAGAUCAAAAUGAUAGAAAGAGAUAUAUGGAUAUUUAUGGUUUGGAUUAUGAAGAUAAGGAUUACUAUGAUCUAGUUAUUGAUACUACUGGUGAUACUUCAGAAAAUAAUUUAAAAAAAGCAUUGGAUUUUAUCAAUCAUUUAAAAAUUAAAGAUUUAAUAAAAAAAUAG